AUGGACAUUGGAAGCCCUUCUCCACCUCAGACCCCUUGCUGCUCUGAGAAAGUUGUCCAGCUAUACUCAUAUCUCACCUUGUCGACUAAACAAAUAUGGGAAUCAGUGAGGCCAUCAGCCCCUUUUCAAGCAAGUGUCUGGUUCAAGGAUGCUAUCCCAAGACACGCUUUCACUAUGUGGUUGGCGCAGCUUGAUACACUCCCUACUCGUGAUCGUUUAUCCUCUUGGGGAAUGCUUGUUGACAACACAUGUUGUUUAUGCAGCUCCAACAAUGAUACCAGAGGCCAUCUGUUUCUAAGAUGCGAAAUAAGCCAACUAGUGUGCAAAAUUCUUCUUCUUUUUCAUUCUUUAUUUGGCUUGGUUCAAAGGACAAUAUAUGCCCGUCACGACUACUGGUCGAGCGAAAUAGCAGACUGCACAACGGAAUCUCCUCACUGGUGGAGCAAUGCUUUCUCAGAAAAUAUCUUGUAUGGAAUCCGAUUCUUUCCAAAGAAAUGA